AUGCGAAGACCGCCAUACCUCCUCUUCCUUCUUCUAACCUUCCUCUCGUCCCUCUCCUUAUCCCUCGCAGCCUCACGUACAUCCUUUUGCAAAUGCACCUGCUUUGGCAACAGCACCAUUGUAGCGCUCGAUGCGCCAACAACUACCAAGAAACCCGCCGCCCUCGAACUGAAACCCCGCGCCUCGAAAAAGACAUGCAACGACUGCAAUCGCCAAUUCUGCCUCGGCUAUGGCUUUUGCGCUGGAGAGAAAGAGGAGAAUGUGCUCACGACAUGUUUCCAGCGGGAUUCUGCCAAAGACCAAGCAGUCGUGUUUGUCUUCAUUGGGGCGACAGUGGGGCUGUUAGGGUGGGCAGCACUGCGGCCUUGGGUCGAGGGAUGGAGAGAGCGUGCACAGCAACGACGGAGUUAUAUACCGGUAGCUGGCCAAGGAAACUAA